AACAAGGAUCAGGGAGGCCUAAAUUCUAAUAUGUUGGGAUUCACUGAAGGGAUGUUUCUGGUUCUGACUGUCACCGAGUUUAUUCUUGGAAAUCUGGUGAACGGUUUCAUUGUGUCAGUCAAUGGCAGCCAUUGGUUCAAGAGCAAGAAGAUUUCUUUGUCUGACUUCAUCAUUACCAGCUUGGCCCUCUUCAGGAUCUUUCUGCUGUGGAUCAUCUUUACUGAUAGCCUCAUAAUAGUGUUCUCUUACCACACCCACGACUCAGGGAUAAGGAUGCAACUUAUUGAUGUUUUCUGGACAUUUACAAACCACUUCAGUAUUUGGCUUAUCUCCUGUCUCAGUGUUUUCUACUGCCUGAAAAUAGCCACUUUCUCCCACCCCUCAUUCCUCUGGCUCAAAUGGAGAGCUUCUAGAGUGGUUGUUGGGAUGCUGUGGGGUGCACUGGUCUUAUCCUGUGUCUGCACCAUGUCUCUGAUGAAUGAAUUUAAGAUCUAUUCUGCCCUCACUGGAAGCAGAGACACACAGAAUAUGACUGAAUAUAUCAGAUUGAAGAGACGUGAAUAUAAUCUGAUGCACGUUCUUGGGAAUCUGUGGAAGAUCCCUUCCUUAAUCGUUUCCCUGAUUGCCUACUUCCUGCUGCUUCUCUCUCUGGGGAAGCACACACAGCAGAUGCAGCAAUACAGUGUUGGCUCCAGAGAUCAGAGUGCGGAGGCCCACAGACGAGCCAUGAGGAUCAUCUUUUCCUUUCUCUUAUUCUUCCUACUCUACUUUCUUUCCUUUGUAAUUUUGUCAUCCAGUCGUUUCCUACCAGAAACCAAGAUUGCCAGGAUAAUUGGAGUAAUAAUUACAAUGUCAUACCUUGUGGGUGAUUCAUUAAUUCUUAUUUUAGGUAACAACAAGCUGAAGCAGACGUUUGUAGCCAUGCUCCCAUGUGAGUGUGGUCAUCCAAAGCCUGGAUCUAAGAGGUUCUUUGCUUCAUAAACAGCCAAGGUUGUAGGAUGGGGAACUCUUCAGCCUGGUUUAGAUACGGAGUCUUUCUGACUUUCAGUGUAUCAAUCAAUGCCAUCAAUAGGAGAGAUGCUGCUUGCUUUCCUCCUGAUCCUACCUGGCUUGGUGGUGAAAAGCUUCUUAGGACCUCUCUCCAUUGAAUCAUUUGGACAGGUGCAACAGUCUCUGGGAAAUGCCAGUGUAAGAACACUCACUAUAUAGACACGGAACUGUAUUUUAAUAACCAUUAGUUUAAACAGAACCAGUCUGUGUAUUAGUUUUAUCUGACAUUUUAUGA